AUGUGCUCCAGACAAAGCGGGUGCCACGGCUGCGGCUGCUGCUGCUGCUGCCAGGGCAGCUCCCAGUCCCAGAGCUCCUCCGGCGGGGGAGGAGGCGGAUCCUGCUGUGGUGGAGGAUCCUCCAGAGGAUCAGCCCAGAAGAUCAUUAUCAGCUCUGGCGGUGGAGGUGGAGGAGGAGGAGGCUCCUCUGGGUGCUGCAGUGGAGGAUCCGGUGGCGGAUCUUCAAAGAGCAUGAUGGGAGGUGGAGGAGGUGGAGGAUCCGGCGGAUGCUGCGGUGGUAGCUCUGGUGGUGGCUCUUCUGGGAUGAAGAUCAUCAUGGGAGGUGGGGGUGGUGGUGGAUCUGGCGGAUGCUGUGGUGGAGGAUCCUCAAAGAGCAUGAUGGGAGGAGGAGGCGGUGGAGGAUCCGGCGGAUGCUGCGGUGGUGGAUCCGGUGGUGGAUCCUCAAAGAGCAUGAUGGGAGGAGGAGGCGGUGGAGGAUCCGGCGGAUGCUGCGGUGGUGGAUCCGGUGGUGGAUCCUCAAAGAGCAUGAUGGGAGGAGGAGGCGGUGGAGGAUCCGGCGGAUGCUGCGGUGGUGGAUCCGGUGGUGGAUCCUCAAAGAGCAUGAUGGGAGGAGGAGGCGGUGGAGGAUCCGGCGGAUGCUGCGGUGGUGGAUCCGGUGGUGGAUCCUCAAAGAGUAUGAUGGGAGGAGGAGGCGGUGGAGGAUCCGGCGGAUGCUGCGGUGGUGGAUCCGGUGGUGGAUCCUCAAAGAGCAUGAUGGGAGGAGGAGGCGGUGGAGGAUCCGGCGGAUGCUGUGGUGGUGGAUCUGGUGGUGGAUCCUCAAAGAGCAUGAUGGGAGGAGGAGGCGGUGGAGGAUCCGGCGGAUGCUGUGGUGGUGGAUCUGGUGGUGGCUCUUCUGGGAUGAAGAUCAUCAUGGGAGGCGGUGGAGGCGGUGGAGGAUCUGGCGGAUGCUGCGGUGGUGGAUCUGGCAGCGGUGGAGCCUCAAAGAGCAUGAUGGGAGGUGGAGGUGGUGGAGGAUCCGGCGGAUGCUGUGGUGGUGGAUCCGGCAGUGGCAGUGGUGGAUCAGCCCAGAAGAUCAUCAUCAGCUCUGGCGGCGGAGGAGGAGGAGGCUCCUCUGGGUGCUGCGGAGGGGGAUAUGGUGGCGGCUCCUCAGGAGGGAAGAUCAUCAUGGGAGGGGGAGGCGGUGGCGGUGGAGGAUGCUGCGGUGGCGGAUCCGGCGGCGGCUCCUCAGGCCAGACCAUCAUCAUCAGCUCUGGAGGUGGCGGCGGAGGCUCCUCCCAGCAGAAAUGUCCCAUUGUCAUCCCCAGCGUGGUGUCCCACCAGACCAAGCAGAGCUCCCACUGGCCCGGCCAGCAGAAGUAG